UGGAGAUACGGCUGUUCGCACUAGUUCGCAGUUUUCUACGCGUUGCGAGAGUUACAAGUUCGCGUUGUGCGUUAGAUCUUGAAGUGUUUAAAGGAUUGUGUAAAUGUUGACAUACAUUCUGCAGCUGUAUCGAGACACAUCAUUCUACAUUGAUUGGAUAGCGAGGAAAAUAUUUUGAUAUCGCUUUGAAUGCACGAUACACUGCAUCAUUCAAGACGAAUCACUAAUUUCUUAAAUACAUUUUCGUAAAACAAUGGAGGGUGAACAACGACAUUAUGAUUUAAGGACUGGAAGUAGAUCAAGAUCUAGAACUCCCUUGGUACAAAAUCGUACCUUAAUCGAAUCAGAGAUUUCGGAACAUCAUUAUGAUUUGAGAAGUCAUAGUCGGGAGAGGUCUCAUACACCAGGAGAAGUUACAAGUAGAAAAUUUGUUUCGAAAGUUCAAGCUAGCACUAGUAGUAAGACACAUGACCAAAGUAAGGAGACAAUAGUUGAGAGUAUACAAGAUAAUUCGGUUGAGUCUAUAUCUGAAAAUGCAAAGAAAAUAACUGAGAAUGUUAGCACAAGAAAAGGGGAACGCAGAUCCGAAAGGCAAAGAGCAAAGAGACAAGUGCAUGCCAAUGGCCAAAGUGAAAAAAAAGAAGACAUGCGACAGCGUAAAAUUUUUAAAGUUCGUAAGAAUACAAGUGACUAUUCUUCGGACGAAGGUGAAAGAGACGAUUCCUCUAGCAGACCCUGUUCUGCACAUGAAAUUUAUAAACAAGCUGGCGAUUGGUGGAAUGUAUUUCCAAAAACAGAUUAUACUUAUUCAGAAAGAUCUCAGUGUCGUUACGAAAUAGCGCCAGGUAUAUUAGCAAUGCCUAACAUGUCACGACCUUCUAUUCAUUCGAAUUCUCAACCAUUUUCAUGUGACACAUUCGAUAGCGGUAUGUCUGAAACAACGGAUUUCGUCACUGCAAAAGGAACAACAACAGAUGAAGGUGUGUCCGCUUCUGAAUUUCCUGGACAUAUGUCGAGUUCGGAUAGAAAGUCAUCACUCCAAUGUACAAAGACUCAUAAAGAACAAUAUCGUUCUUACAGAGAAGUUAUUUAUACAGAACCAAAAAUUGUGUCUGAAUCAAGGCAAUCGGUACCUUAUACUCAUACGCCAUUCAGACGUAUCGACUCCCGGCAACGCGAUGUUACAUCUUUUAUUGACUCUGACACCGAAUUAGAUGAAGCAAUUCCAAGUAGUCUCAUUAGAAGAAGUAAAAUAAUUGAACGAUUUACAAGUUUUAUCUCAGUGAUCGUUUCAUGGUUUAGCAAACUUCUUGUAUUUCUGAGACUUGAAACAAUUGAGAAACGAGAAUACCGUCCUACGUACGAAUAUCAAAGAAAUGUUGCCGAAUCUAAAUUGUCUAGAGUUUGGAAGAUUAUCGAUCGGUCCUUUGCGUACGUUUAUUUCUUUCUGGUCAAAGUACUCUUAUUUGAUACGUGGUUAUUGAGCUGUGGAUCCAAUGCUAGAGCACGGAUUCGUAAAACAAGCUGGAGAGUUCUUUGGAUCGUCUUGCUACCGUUACUUCUCAUUCUUGGGUAUUGGUGUUUGCCAUAUUUUCCGAUGUUGUUAUAUUCAACCAAAGUAAUUGCGCGUCAAUUUAGGGAGACAUCGGAUUUGACUGCCAACAAUCAAUUGAUUUCAAGGGAAAUGAUGUUUGGCAAGGAUAUAUUUGAGUCAUUUGGGAUCAGUAACUUGGAUCAAACUGUUGAACAGUCUGGUCAGCAUUUUAAUGAAAGUGAAAUGCUUGAGCAGCUAAAGGAAAGCGAACGUGUGUUAUCUAAUAUUCACACUGAAGAAAUGGACAUAAUUAAAUUGCAGCUUAAAAAGUUGAGAGAACUUUACUCGGAACUGAAGUUGUGCUGCAAUGCGCGUACAAAGUACAUUACUAAUGAAGAUUUAGAAAUGCGAUUGAAUAUGUUCUUAAGUGAUUAUCUUAGUACGUCUGUGACAAAUGAAGCGAAAGUUCGAAGCGAAUCAUCGAUCGCUAUGGAUUAUGGAAUAACGGAUGAUCGUGUGCGUGCGAUAGUCAGAGAAGCCUUAAAAAUAUACGACGCCGAUAAAACGGGACGUGUCGAUUACGCGUUAGAGUCGGCUGGUGGGCAAAUUGUUAGUACACGUUGUACGCAACGGUACGAUAUAAAAACUAGGGCAUUCAAAUUGUUGGCUUUUACGCUUUACCAUGAAAAUAAUAAUCCACGUACAGUGAUACAAGGAAAUCCAAUACAACCAGGCACUUGCUGGGCAUUCCAAGGCUUUCCAGGAUAUCUUUUAAUCAAGUUACGUAGUUCUAUUUAUAUUACUGGGUUCACGCUUGAGCACGCACCAAAGUCGAUUUUACCUAACGGAGAAAUGAGAAGUGCCCCGAAAAAAUUCAAUGUCUGGGGUUUCCUCGAUGAAAAUGAUCUGGAACCUGUGAUGUUCGGAGACUACGAGUUUGCAGCUUCUGACGAUAGUUUACAAUACUUUCCUGUUCAAAACAUAACAAUCGAUAGACCGUAUGAAUACGUGGAAUUAAGGAUACAUAGUAAUCAUGGACAACUUGAAUAUACGUGUUUAUAUAGAUUUCGCGUUCACGGGCGACCAAUGUGAUUAUUUUCUCAUCAAAGUGCGAGAGUGUCUCAGACAUUAUGAGUUAUUGUGGACAGUGUUCAGCGUAGCUCCCGUGCGAAUAGAUGAAAAGAUUGCAUGAAUGAGUGAGCGAGUGAAAGAUCGAGGAAGAGAACUUAUAGGAACACCGUUGCACGUUGGUAUGUGCCUUCAAUUACUCAUCAUACAGUAGUAACAAUUAGAGACAAACUUAUUUUAACGAGUAUAAGACGAACGAGAUGAACGUAAGUUACCGUUAACAUCAUAAUAUGACGCUUAAUUAUACGUGUGCGGGACCGAACACUUAACCGUACUCUUCCUUUGUAUGAGUGUGUUUAUGCUCUCUUCAUCCUAAACUUUGUUCGUAAAAAUAAAUUGCACUUGAGAAUACGCACACUUGCCUGGGGCAAAAGGAGAGCGAGAUUAAUCACGACGCAAUUAAAAAGAAUGCUCGCAGUUCCAAAUGUUAUCCAAAGUCAAGUAUCAUUAGAUUUGUAAUAACGUAAAAUUAUAAAAUUAACGCGACAGUACAAAUAGUAAAAAAGAAAAAUUGUAUUUAGGUUAAGGUAGAUAAUAUUUGCAGUGUUUCAUAACUUUGAUUAUACUAAUGCGUUUUAUAGAAAUUUACAUAGUGCAGCAUAUUUGAUAAUAUAUUUGAAAUGAACAGUGCGUACGCGUACGCAUGUGUGUACAUAUGCACAUACACUGUACAUGUGAGAAAUAGCAAGAAAUAUAUAUUGUUUUGCAAGUUGAAAGUGAUUUCGCACAA